CUGCUCCUAAACCCUGAAGUCACUUGGAUCUUUCUGUCAUGUGGACCCUGCCAGUGAAGGCCGUGGAAGUCAGCACUUCCAGGUUUGAUAUACAAAACACUAUGUCUGAAAGACACCAACAACAAACAUAUGUUCUUCCAUCAGAGAAAUUUGGGACAUACAGAAAUGAAGAAUACAACGAUGGUGGUAACUCACCUCAAGGAAGAAAGAAAGUUUGGAGUUCUUUCCAAAGUAAUUUUGGCAAGAGGAGCCCUCAAUAUGAAGAUGGUGGAUAUGAGCCUCAGCCUUCACACCUCCAGGAGGAUGAUGGAAAUGUGUUGAUGAGGGAUGUCCAGGAGGACCCCCAAGUAAGACACACUCCCUAUAGCACCCGGCGCGACAAGAGGAGAGUGAAAUGGCAAAAUGAGGGCCAUAUCCAUAUUACUGUGUGGAGAGAUAGAAAAACUCUGAAGAGAGAAAUGGGGGAGAACACACAAGAUGGAACCCCAGGGAGCUGGAGCCUCACGUGCCUCACCUACCUCGCCUUCGUCCUGGCCCUGGCUGAGAGGAACAGUAACAACAAUAAUGGCUAA